AUGUCGGAUUCUGAUCAUGGAAACCAAUUAACUACAAAACAACACGUGGGGUCGCCGACGAUGACCCAGCCGGCCGGCCAUGAUCAUCAGGAUCCUGCUUCUGAAUCAGACAUAGGGAAUUCGCGGACUGGGUUCAUAGCCAAUCCCGUCGACACUCCGGACGUUGUUGACGUGGAGAAUCUGCACAAGGUCACGAAAUCGGAGGUGUCGGAUAAGAUCGUACGGAGAUGGAAAAGAGAGGAUUUAAUAAAGAAAGGAUCUUUGGCUACGAGUGUAAUGGCUUUUCUAUUUUCUUUGCUGGCGUUUAUCAUCAUGGCCAGUGACAAGCAUGGAGAUUGGAAACAGUUUGACAAAUGGCCAGAAUACAGGUACGUGUUAGCAGUAGCAAUUCUGUCCACCUUGUACGCUGGUGGCCAAACUUUGCGACAAGUUCAUGAACUUCGGACCAGAAAAACUUUGUUACAACAGCGUACCUCUGCCUUUCUCAACUUCUUUGGAGAUCAGAUUAUGGCAUACCUUUUGAUAUCAGCAGCAUCUGCAGCAAUACCACAGACUAAUCGCUUGUUCCAAUAUUUAGAUAGUGCAUUUACAGAAGCGGCAGCUGCAGCCAUCAGCAUGGCUUUCCUUGCAUUUUUAUCAUUGGCGGUGUCAACAAUGAUUUCAGGAUACAAACUAUCAACGUCUCAAGUACUAUAA